CUGACCAAGAAAGCUCACAGCAGCAACUCCAGUCGGACCAGAUGCAGAAAGGCAUGUGGCACCGUCAGCGCUCUCGGGGAAGGAUUCGUGCAUGAAGCGUCUUAUCGGUGUCCAAUUGGGGCAAUUAAUUACGAAUGUACGAGUCCGCCUUGUUGCCUUGCGGCCUGGUUCGCAUUCUGACCGCGUCAAGGAGGUCAUCUCUACUCCCCCUACCUCGCCCCUCUUUUCUUCUAUCAUCUUCGUUUUGCCAGUUUCUAUACUUCACGAGCGUUCUCGUUUUGGUUUGUCGUUUUAGACACUUUUGGGAUUUUUAUUGGUGCUGUGAUCACAGUGGCCUAACCAAUUUUGGUCACAUAGCAAGAUUUUUGUUGUAUGCAGUGUUGGCUUCUUUUGAAUAAACUUCAUAUUGCCACUUCUACAACCGAUCACUUUUGUAUCGUUGAAUCGUAUUGCUGGGCCUUUGAGGCUUACCAAGAUUUGGCAGCUAUCCAA